GUUGACCCUAAGGAGAACUGCAAGGAGAUGGGUCAGCCCUGUUCUAGGAUUCCUGAUCCCGUGUAACAUUAAUACUUCACACUAGCCAGGGUGUGUGAUGAACGGUGAGGAUGAGGUGGAGAUGAGGGAGAGGGCGAGGGAGGAGAGGGAUGAGAUUGUAGAGAAGUAUGAUAGAGGGAGAGAGGAGGGAGCACAGAUUGAUGACUGGGAGGAUCCAAAAUAUGAAUAUUAUCAUUCUAUCGAUAGGUACGGAUUUAUCCAUGAUAAACGGUUACCUGACCACACGGGUAGAACAGAGAGGGAGCAGAAGCUCCUGGCCAAGGAGAUGAACAGGGUGGAUAAGUGGGUCACCAUGCUGAAGAAGGAGCCCGACAAAUAUUUCAAGGAGAGAGCUAAGAAUAGGGAUACAAUGGUAGGGCGGGUUUGGAAGGGUGUUCCCCUCCGAAUGCGAGGAACAGUUUGGGCCAAACUCCUGGAUAUAGAUUCACUCAAACAAGAACAACCAGGAACCUAUGAGAGAAUGAAGAAGCAAGCCCGACACCACUCUCCUGAUAUUCGACAAAUAGACCUAGAUGUUAAUAGAACCUAUAGGAACCAUAGUAUGUUCAGAGAACGAUAUAAUGUGAAACAACAAGCUCUUUUUCAUGUACUGGCCGCGUACAGUAUGUACAACACAGAGGUCGGAUAUUGCCAGGGUAUGUCCCAAGUUGCCGCCCUACUACUCAUGUACCUGGAGAGGGAGGAAGAUGCGUUCUGGGGUCUGCACAAGCUGAUGGUUGGAAACCUCUACAGGAUGCAUGGACUCUUCAUUCCUAACUUUCCCAAGCUCAUUAGGUACAAGACAGGACUGAGUUUAAUCUUUAUACGCACUGUUGCCUGUGGGCACUUUAAUUUGAGGAUAUAUGGUGCAUUUCAGUUAUCGCUUGAGGUAUUUAAGUGGUUUUUCCAGUGCUUCCUUGAUAGGUUACCGUUCAGCUUAACCCUUAGGGUUUGGGAUCUAUACAUCCUAUUAGGGGAACAGAUUCUUUUUGCUACAGCAUACACCAUUCUCAAGGUAAUAGAAUUUAGGACUAAUGUCGCACAUUGGCGCUUAUUUAUGUCGAUUAAGAUAACAUUAUGUAAAAAAUCUUGUUUUCCAGGUUAUGGUCCAGCUAGUGAAGAACCAAGCAAACCGUUUGGUAUGGAGAGAUUUCCUACAGCUGAGGAGGAAGUAGGAUAUAGGCAACCAUUCACAAAACAGGAGAGGGACUUCUCACUUCAUACAAUUCAGAGGGAAAAUGAAGUAGCUAGAAAACUAGAACAUAUUGACAGUCAGACCUCGAUAGAUGAAGGAUCUUUUGAUCAUAGUUUAAAUGAAACUGUGAGCGGAGAACCUGACACUGAGGAUCAUCACAGUGAUCUACUUGAACAAGAUAUAUCAAUAGAUAGUCCUCAUAGGAGUAGGAGUAAUCUAGGGAGCCGCAGCCAAACCCCUGCUGAACGACAUCACCCUAUUCUUCCCCCUUCCCCUCUCCCUCCUUCUAAAGAACAGUUGCAUCUGAUGUUCCUACAAUGGUACAAGGAUACUGAUGAACUCGACAACGCGUAUUUAACCCUGCUGAACCAGCUAGAUAUAAACCAGCAUCCAUUACCCUCCCCCCACCUCACCUCCCCAUCCACUCCUCACCCGUUCUCCGUCCCUCAUCGCCACUCCCCUGCCGACCAGAGACCAUUGAGUGCCGAUCCUCAUCAAAACAAACAAAAGGAUGAUCGUAAGAGACAUAGCGCCCAUGUACCGCUGCAGUACGCACAACCCCCGCCAGGGGCAGAAUUCCCGCAUUUUAUCCCAUUUAAACCUGAUAAUAGGAUCAACAGCAGAUCCCACACAACCUCACAACAACAACAACAACAAUUUAGUCAACAAAGUUAUCAAAUUGACAACAAUAGUAGCGGACAAAGCAUAAUAAAUCAACGUACAGAGAAGGUAGAUGGCUCCUAUAGUAGAAGGGAAGCUAAGGCUCGAUCUGGUAGUCGGGGUUCAGAAUCAUCUCAAGAUCAGGAUCCGAGAUCACAUGGUUUAGUGGAUCCCGGACGGGUUCGCACAGGAAGUAAAGGUUCUAAAUCCUCCCAUGGAUCAAGGACGUCAAAGACAUAUUAUUUCGGUGAGAACCCCGACCCUUCCAACGGGGUGGAGGACCCCUUGAACACGUCUAUGGAGGGUGCUACGCCCCACAAGGGCGAGGUUGUGAGGAUCAAGGUUCCUUUCCAGGACGGAGAAGGAACUCCGGAGACAGAGGACAGGAUACUCAGGGAGGACAAGGAGAUUAGUCCCAGAUAUAACGGACACAAAGUCACAAUACAGGUGAAUAGAGCUGGACAGGAUGAGGUUGACCAGCCUACUCCUACAAGCUUCAAAUCCAGCCAGAUUUCAAUGCGUCAAGUCACAAAAAAAUCCAUAUCAUCGUCAUCUAGAAAGGUGAACUCUACUGAGGAAGUACACCGGAGUACACAUACAAUGGUUCUCUCAGAACAUAGUAAAGAUAAUCAGGGAGUGGUACAUAGUGUAGAAGAGUAUGAAUGUGCGGAUACCAGUAUAAAGGAUGGUAAAGUGGUGGCUCAACAUAAUGAGUACUCGAUACACUCAACACCUUCAACUCCUUUACAGUUCGGUGUACCAACCAACCAUAACUCUUCUCCUGCCAGGAUUAGAGAGAACAGAAAUACAAGGUCCUCUCAUACCUCUGCCAGUAAAAUCCCUCAACUGCAACCUAGAAAAGAAACCUUCUUCUAAACAUAUCUCUAUAUCUGCUCUACCCUUCAAUCCUUCCCAAAUCAGAGUUCGAAAACUAAACAUCAUCCUGUGAACACGUCAACCUGAACACGUUCAAACUGAACUCCAAGAAUCAAACGAACGAGCUCAGUUUGAACUUAAACCAGCGUUUAAUGAUGCCAGAUAAAAUGACAACUGAAGAACCUGAAUUUUAGUGCUAAAAUACUGAACUAAUCUUUGCUUCUUGUUCUCUCAAAUAAUUCCCUAGAACCCUGGGAUGAUAACUACCCUGUACAGUGUAUAAUUGUACUGCGUAUACACGUGUACAGGGUGACCCCUGCAUAAAGCAGACUUAAGACUGCCACCAACCUAAAAGUACUAUUUUACAUGAAACUUCGUGAUCCUAUUUUUCUACCAAACCAUUCCAAACAUUUAUCAGCAUUUCAAUACUAAUAUCAUAGCAUACUGA